CUAAUGAACCACUAAAAUUACCAUCCCCUAUACUUCGUUCCCUAGUUCAUACAAAUAUUUUUUUUUACAUCACACCAAGAGUUUACUCUUAACCAAAAAUAUUUUACAAACAUCACCUUGGUUUACUUUUUUUUCUUGCCCUGAUAACGAGUAGAGAACCCCAAAGCAUCCUUUCUCAUCUUCUUCUUCUCCUCCUCCUCUUCCUCCCCCUUCUCUACACACACACACACAACAUAUGUCUACCUAUACAUACAAAUCCAUAUAUCUAUAUGUAUCUAUCGCAAUCAAUUGAACAAGUUUGAAUUGGCAACAAUCGAAGCCCCCCAAACCCCUCUUGAUCCAGGUAUAAUUAUCAACCCUAGAUUCUCGAUGAAAGCUUCAAUUUCAAUAAUAAAUUAUGAAAUGGAACCCUAGAAUUUGUCCGCGGUUGAUUGAAAUGAAUUGAGCAUUACCUGUUUGUAUAUAGUUCCGAGAGAAAUGAAAAGGAGAAGUUGUACGCGAUAUUAGGCUUUGCAUUGUUUGUAUCAGCUGAGUUGUUUGUAUUGAGGAUUUUUAUUGUAUGUUGUGCUGGAUCGGUGAUGGAAUUAGUGUUGGAUAGCUGGAAUUUAGAUUGCGUUUGACCUUGGAUUGACGUUUUGGAUUUCGGGCUGGUUGAUUGUUGCGAAUUUGGAUAGUUGGAAUCGUGUUCGAUCGGUUUUAUCGUGGGGUUGAUUUGGAAGAAGUUUGUUGAAGCUGAGUUGAAUUUUGUUGGUUAUUUUUGAUUUCUUGGAUCGAGUUUUUGUGGGUGAAGCGUAUUUGACUUGUUCGUCACGGGUGUGGCGGAGUUUUUAGCUGGUGGUCAAGUUGUUCAAGGUGAUAACAUUACAGAAUGAGCUUGGAGAAUGAAGAUGGAAGCGCCACCAAUAGCGUCUCUGAAAUUGGUGAUGAAGUUCCCAAGCAUCCAAAAGUAUCAUAUACAAGAGAGUUUCUUUUGUCACUCAGUCAACUGGAGGUUUGCCAGAAGCUACCAACUGGAUUUGAUCAGUUGAUUCUCAGUGAGCUUGAGGACACCUCACGUGGCAUACAGGACCGCCCAAAAAUACCUGGAAGCUUUCCAUCUCAAAGUUUCAGACGUAAUGAUUAUAGUUCAUCUCCACCUACUCGUGGGGAUUCUGAUGGCAAUUCCAGAGGCAUUUAUGGAAGAUGGGAAAGCCGUUCCUCAGGGCGUAGUGAUCGAGAUAGUGAUUCACAAUCAGAUAAAGAUUCAGAACCUGGUAGACGCUAUGGUAAUCAAGCCCGGCGCACUUGGCAGAGUUCUGAGCAUGAUGGGCUUCUUGGAAGUGGUUCAUUUCCAAGGCCAUCUGCAUAUGCAUCUGGGAUGGCUGCAACCAAGGUCCGAGCAAAUGAUAACUAUCAACUUAACAGGAGCAAUGAACCAUACCAUCCUCCUCGCCCCUAUAAGGCAGUACCUCAUUCUCGUAGAAACACUGAUGCAUGCAACGAUGAGACCUUUGGUUCAAUUGAGUCUGCAAGUGAGGACAGAGUGGAAGAGGAAAAGAGGAGAAGAGCUUCUUUUGAGUUGAUGAGGAAGGAACAGCAGAAGGCUCUUCAAGAGAAGCAGAAACCCAAUGCAGAGAAGCACACAGCUGAAUAUGACUCAGAAAUCUCGGCACUGCUUGAAGAUGAUAAAAAAGAUCGGGGGCUUCUGGAGAAGAAUACUAAAGUAGAUAUUAUGGCCAGCCAGCCUAUCACAAACACUGAUUCUGGAAAAUCAUCUUUCUCUUCGCAAAAUAUUCCAUCUAGACCACUUGUGCCGCCGGGGUUUAAGACCACUGUUACGGAUAAGACUUUUGGCUCAACAACGGUGAACCAUUCAUUUUUGACAGAGAUGGGAAAGCCUGAAGCUGAAGAAAUUCUAUUGGAAGCCAAAGCUGACACUCUAAAUGGUAUCCAUCCGAGCUUAGAAAGGCAAAGCUCCCGAGAAAUUAGUUCAAGUGAUCAACUUGAACACAAGAGUUUGCAUGCUCCAGUUCUGAAGAAGAAUGACCAAAUUGUGAACUUGUCAGUGGGUUCAGAUGAUUCCGAUAGGAAACAUAGCAUGGGAGAUCAUUCACGCCAGACUUCAAGUAUAGAGGGACAUGAAGCUUUGAACGAGUCUUCAAUUUUGGAACUCAGUACCCAGAAUUCAGGGGGCAAAUUUGUCAAGGAGUCCAAUAACAACAAUUCAACUUCCAUCCUGGAUAAGAUUUUUGGAAGUGCCAUUGCAAAUCUCACCGACUCUGUUGCUCCAGUUAUGAAUGAAGAUAGUAAACCCAGUGACGCAUUAGACUCCAAGGCCGUUCAAUCAUCGAAAUUUGCUCAUUGGUUUUUCGAAGAAGAGAGGAAGCAGGAAGAUGAUCCUUCAUCAAGUAAGCCUGGUGAUUUGCUUGCAUUAAUUGUUGGUGGUGAUAAAAACAGAACACAACCUUUUGAGGCUAAUGCUUCAGAUCAAUUACCAUCAGAAUUAUCCUAUCAUAGUCCUGAUCUUACAAGUAAGUUUGUCUCCAAUUUACCUUCUUCACCGCUUGGGGGGCCUGAGACUGUGUACAAGCCCAGUAAAAGGGAGGCUACACCCACGAUUCUUACUUGUGAAGACCUUGAGCUUACAAUGUUGUCAGAGUUCAACGAAAAGAAGUCUAAUUCACAGCCACAAGACUGGAUUAAUAAUCACACGAAGCCUAAAGAACCUGUAGUUGUGGAUAGCCAGGCAUCUCAACACCUCCUCUCAUUAUUACAAAAAGGGCCAGAUCAUGGAAAUGUGGCUCAGAAGUCCAAUGCUGGUAUUGAAUCCUUGGAGGCACAUGGUGAUAUCAACUUGCAGGACAGAUCCAAGAAGGAAGAUAACAAGGACACACUCACACUUGAAUCGCUUUUUGGAACUGCUUUUAUGACGGAAUUACAAUCUGCACAAGCUCCAGUUUCAGUUCAGAGGAUUUCAGUUGGCUCUGGACUAGAUGUUUCUUUGGAAGCUCAAAAGUCGUACUUGCCUGGUUCUGAUGAUCCCCUUUCUUCUUCGAUAAUUGAUGAUAUUAAACUCAGAGGGAAGGAGAAUAUCGUCUUACCUUCAAAUUGUAGAGAUCACACAAAGCUGGAUAAGGCAGAAAACUGGUUGGGAUUCAAUGAUCCUCUGUAUGAAGUAAACUCCUUAAAGCGCCAGACUGAAGCGGUCUCCAGAAAUGGGGAUUAUCGGGCUGGCGAAUUUCAUCUACCUGAAGGAGAGGGCUUAUUUAAUGUUGGUGAUCCUUUGGUACCCCAGGUUUCAACAUUUAUGCCUACAGGAAAUAUGAGUAAAGGUGACCUGGUGACUGUUAAUUCAGUUGGCGGUGAUCAAAGAUCUUUGGUGGGUCCUGGAACGCUGCCCUUUCCACGGGUUUCCCAUGACCAGAUAGAGUCUGAAAUGCUGUUUCAUCAUCUUCAUGGUCAACCUUCAUCUUCUCAGUUUCAUCCUUUGCAAAUGAAUCAAGGGAAGCCAUUACUUCAUCCAUUGGAUUCUCGUCCUGCUCAUUUGAACUCUCAGAGUUUGGCUGGUCCAGAGGGCCUGAUUCGACACGAUGCUCUUCCAGGUCAUCAAUUUGCUGGAAACAUGAUGAGGCCUCCUUUUCACCACCCUAAUGCUAGGGUGACAGGAUUUGAUCUUCCUGCUCAUCAUCCUAUGCUGCAGCAGAUGCAAAUGUCUGGACCUCACCCCGCUCAUCUGCUACAUGACCGUCUAAGUGGAGGUCCAGUUCCUUCACAUUCCAGUAAUCAGGCAGCUGGCUUUGUGCAUGAAGUUAACCCGAUGCAAGGGUUCCCUUUUAAGCCUCAUCAAGUCAAUGUUAAUGGGCUUGGGAUGCAAAUGCCAGGGCAAGAUAUCAACAACAGAAACAAUCAUCCCGAUGCCCUGCAAAGGUUUAUUGAGAUGGAGCUUAGGGCUUCUAAGCAGAUUCCCCCUUUUCCUGCCGGACGUGGACAGGGAAUGUACGGUCACGAGCUUGGCAUGGGAUUGCGACAUAGAUAGUUGGCCAUUGUACGUCUUUCAUAUGGUACUGAUAGACCAUCACAUAAUGGGCAAGUAUUUGGUACAAUAUCAGGGGAAAUGACAUAAUACUUAGAUUCUACUUCUUGUACUAGAUGGGGUUAGGGUUGCUUGUCUGUCAUCUCUACAUACACCUGUGAGGAGUAGCAGGAAAGGGCCUCUGUAUCAACUUCUCUUACUCUAUAUUGUGCAAACGUGGUUGUGCAAAUUCUCGUCAGUUCUUCUUGA